AUGGUGAUGGAGUACUGCGUGUGCGGGAUGCAGGAGAUGCUGGACAGCGUCCCCGAGAAGAGGUUUCCAGUUUUUCAGGCUCACGGGUACUUUUGUCAGCUUAUAGAUGGCUUAGAAUACUUGCACAGCCAAGGGAUUGUCCACAAGGAUAUCAAACCGGGGAACCUCCUGCUAACAACCAACGGGACACUGAAAAUAUCCGAUUUGGGCGUAGCAGAGGCGUUGCAUCCGUUUGCCGAGGACGACACGUGCAGAACGAGCCAAGGGUCGCCAGCAUUCCAGCCACCAGAAAUUGCCAACGGCCUUGACACCUUUUCAGGCUUUAAAGUAGACAUCUGGUCCGCAGGGGUCACGCUAUACAACAUCACAACGGGUCUAUACCCCUUUGAAGGGGAUAAUAUCUAUAAAUUAUUUGAAAACAUCGGGAAAGGUGACUACACAAUUCCAGAGGAUUGCGGUCCUCCGCUCUCGGACUUACUGAGAG